AUCCAAGUCUCCACCUACAAUUCAUUCUCAAUAAUUUAAUCAUUCGCAAUGAGGCCACGAUUUUAUGUAACACAUUAAAUACGCAAAAGGUAAUCCACGUUAGAAUUUGCACGCUGAAGAGUCCUAUCAGGGCGAAGAGAGUAUGUAAAGAGCAGUGAGCAGUGAGCGUGAGCAAUGUUUACUUGUCAAAUGUUGACACGGUUGGAAGGACAGAUGUUUCAAAAUACUCUCUAUAGUGUAAUUAAUCUGCUCUAAAAACUCCAGCGCCAUUUAAAACUGGUGCAUUUGAACGUUGAACUCUGGUAAAUGCGAAUAUCCCGAAAUUAUUGGCCGUUGUAAUUUUAGCUGAAGAAUCAUCAGCCAAAAAAUCAGCUUAAUUAUUCGAACCGAAAAGCCGAAUCGAAUCCGAAAAACGUCGAGUCUGAUCUCUCCUACUUUCAUUAUUAUUUGCAAUUACCGGUUCCAUAUUCUUCAACAAUGAUGGAAAGAAUCAUUGUUCUAUCGAUUUUAUCUGCUGUGUUGGUUUCGUCAGUGCCAACUACAACUCCGAAUUACUGGGCUCUGCGGAAUAAUAUUCUACACGAGGAGGAAGUAAAAUCCAUCGGCGGUAAUCUCCCGUUAGAGGGGAAGGAGAGAAUUGCCAAUACACGUUUGAUGCUUCACAAAAAGGAGGAGAUCGCCAAAGCAUUUCUAAACCCCGACGUAUUCCUCCCAGCAAGGAAUUUCCUGGAAGCCUUCGGGGACAUUGAAAAAUCCCGAGUAUUCGAAAUAAUUAAGAAGCUUCCAAAGGGUGCAGUUCUGCAUGUCCAUCACAAAGCAAUGGUCCACGCCGACUGGAUCUACAACGCAACUUUCAGGGAGAAUUUGUACGUCUGCGAUAGAAACGGUGAACUCUCGUUCCAAUUUUUCCAAAAUCCGUCGAGGGAUUGCAACUGGAAGCUCUUGAGUCAUCUCAGAAAUAAUUCAGCACUUGCUCAAUCCACUAACGACAGAAUUCGAAAGGAGCUGACGAUGAUCGUAGAGGAUCCUGAGGAGGUAUAUUCACAUAUCGAUGUUGCCUGGAUGAGGUUUGAGGAGAUUUUUGAUUUCAUCACGCCGAUUAUCGGCUACAGACCUGUCGCCGAGGAUCACUUCUAUCAGGGACUCAAAGAAUUAUAUGAUGACAAUGUUCUGUACCUGGAGGUGAAAUCCGGAGUUCCAAAACUUUAUGAUCUUGAUGGAAGGAAGUACAGUGACAUAGAGGUCGUGGGUAUUUUCGAAAAGGUUACACAGAGAUUCAAGAAUGACUACCCCGACUUCAUCGGUGCGAAAAUAAUAUACACCAAAGGGCGAAUGCUGAGCGACGCCAAAGUUCACAGUUUCAUGGACAAAGUUGUGGAAUUGAAGCGGGCUUACCCCGAUUUCAUCGCAGGGUUUGACUUGGCUGGUCAAGAGGACAAAGGAAAACCAUUGCGAUCGUUCGCUGACAGACUGAACGAGUUAAAAAAAGAGAUAAACUUUUUCUUCCACGCCGGAGAGACGAAUUGGUACGGCACGAGUACCGACGAGAAUUUGAUCGACGCUGUGCUACUCAAUACCAAGAGAAUUGGCCAUGGCUACGCGAUUAUGAAGCAUCAGAGGGUGUUGGACUACGUCAAGAAGAAUAAAAUUGCUAUCGAAGUCUGCCCGAUUUCGAAUCAAGUGCUGGGGCUGGUGAAGGACCUCCGUAAUCAUCCAGCAUCCUUGUUGUUCGCCGAGGGAGUCCCGGUGGUCAUUUCCAACGACGAUCCAGGUCUCUGGGGCUCCAGAGCACUCAGUUACGACUUCUACGAGGCCUUCAUGGGCAUCAUGUCGGGAAAUGCGGACAUACGGGCACUCAAACAACUCGCUAUGAACUCAAUUAUCUACAGCUGUCUCUCGCAGAAUGAACAAGCCCGCGCCUUGGACAUUUGGAGGACGAAAUGGACCAGUUUUAUCAAUGAACUCAGCAGCGGAAUAAUUUGAACUCAUUUUUUUAUUAUUAUUGUUACUAUGGGACGGAAAUGAAAAAUUAAAUUUUUUACGAUACCACAAUCUUUGCUUUUGUAAUGAC